GUAUCGCCUGCGUCGCCUAACUCAGCCGAUGCCAGCCCAGGAGGGAUUGACCCGCUAGCUGCAAAGGCUGCAAAGCGGAUAGCUGAUGUCAUCAACGACUUCAAACGCGAGCUGGACGCGCGCGAUGGCGCCUGGGCGCACGCUCAGGGAUCUAUAGAAUUGGCAUUGAGGUCUGGCGACUCUCCUAAGACCUUCAAAUUAAUCAUCACGCCUGACGAAGAUGGUGAUGAGUACCUUGUCACAGUAAAAGCUGCUCUUACGACGCCCGAGGUGAUCACAAUUAACGACGAUACUACACCAGCUGCACGACCAGUGUGCAAGCAUACGCGGCGCGCCUCGGAUGCUGAAUUUGAAAAGGACAUUGUUUGGCGCAAGAAGCGCAAGCUCGAUGACGGUGACGAUGAAACGAACAAGCGCCCGCGCACCGGCAGCAAAGGAAGCGACCAAGACAUCAUCAUGCCCCUGAUCACCAAGGAAGAUGUUGAAGCUCUCCGGGCCAAACUUCGAGAGGACAUUCAGGAGGAUACCACCGAGACCGUUAACCAUGUGCAACGCCUGCUUCGACGCUUCAAGGCCGAGUGGCACGAAGAAACGAAACGCGACUUCGAACCAUCACAGACACUACUACCAGGGGGAUCCUUCCGCAACGCGAUACCCGCGGCAGGCACGGGUCCUGGCGCGUCGUUUCCAUCAUCUGAUGUUAACCGCGACGAUGCCAAUGCUUCGAUAGCCGAAGUCAUUCGCAGAGAAUCAGGGCUUCUGUCACGACAAAUCAAGUGGGUUGAAGAUUGCAGACGGAUCGCCAACGAUGUCCACAUCGAGCGCGAAGACACAUGGCGGACCUCCUCUGCAGGUUUCCACGACCAGCAGCGACAGGAUCGCGAGAACUUCCAGAAUCGAAUGGUGCACGAGUCUGCUCUGCACUCGCAGACGUUGAACCAAAUUUUGAACGAGGUCAAGGCAAUUGGGCUGUAUGCGCAGAACAUGAAAUGGGAAACACCAAGCUACCUGAGCAAUGUGCCAAACACAUCACCGCAGAUUGCCACGCAACCUGUCUUCCCUACACGGGCAGCGCCGCCAGCG